AUGGACUCAACCCCAGAGAAUAUUGAAACCCAAGAGAAAAUUGAAGAAGAAAAGAAGGAAGAAAACAAAGAAGAAGCCAAAGAAAAAGAAAAUAAUGCAGAGGAAAUUGAAAACGAUGAAGACAGCAAUGAAGAAGGCAAUGAAGAGUUGGAAGAAAGAUAUAAGAUGGUUAUUAUUGUACGUACAGAUCUAGGCAUGAGCAUUGGAAAAGUUGCAGCGCAGGUUGGCCAUGCAGUAAUUGGAGCUUAUGAAGAGUCAGAAGAAGAAACUCUGGAUAAAUGGGAUGAUUGCGGAAGUCCAAAAGUUGUAUUGAAAGUGCCAAAUUUGCCGAAAAUGCUUGAGAUAGAAGAAAAAGCAAAAGCGAGUGGACUAGUAACUUAUCUUGUAGAAGAUGCAGGAAGGACUGAAGUAGAGCCUGGCACAACAACUGUACUAGCAAUAGGGCCAGAUGCUGAAUCUAAAAUAAAUGCAAUUACUGGAAAACUUAGUUUACUAAAAUAA